UUUCCGUGUUUGAGCUGACGCGUCGUUAGCGUUUUUCAAACCAGUUCUGCUCUUACGUGUCAGUCUUCUUUCACCGUAGAGCAAGAGACCGGUCGGUCACUUCGGAACAAUGGCACCUAAAAGUAGCAGCAAACAGCAAUCCGAGGAAGACCUACUCCUCCAGGACUUCAGCCGAAACCUGUCUGCAAAGUCCUCCGCGCUUUUCUACGGCAAUGCACUAAUUGUGUCCGCAAUUCCCAUUUGGCUGUUCUGGAGGAUCUGGCACAUGGACCUGGUCCAGUCAGCGGUCCUGUAUGGAGUCAUGACGCUGGUCAGCACCUACCUGGUGGCCUUCGCCUACAAAAACGUCAAGUUUGUCCUCAAACACAAGUAA